ACCGGACAGGGCUGUAAUUCCAGGGUAUCGAUAAGCAGCGAUCAGCUGUGCGGUGUUUACGUUUCAUUUGUUGUUUUGUGUGAAAAUGUCUUCGAAAAGAACUCGGGGAAAAAACUUUACAGAACAGGAAGAACAUGCUCUGGUUGAUCUCGUGCUCCUGAACAAGGCUAUUCUGCAGGACAAGAAGAAGGACGCCGCCACUUGGCGAAGAAAAGCCGAAACGUGGGAGCGACUGACCAAGGAAUUUCAGGCGCAAACGGGAACGGAUCGAUCGUGCGCUGCACUUCGCGAAAAGUACGAUAAUAUGAAGAAAAACUUGCGGAAUAAGUACAGAGGAGUUAAGCACUGGAAGAAAGAAAAGGAGCUCCAUUCCGCUGUUAAUUCCGAGUGCCACAGCUCCACCAUGUCGCAGAACAACGCCGGCCACACAGGAAUCCCUGCCAGUCCACUGGAAAACCAGUUUGAUAGUGACGGAAAUUUCCAAUUACUGAAUGCAGCCAAAGAAGAAAAUCCUUCAAUCAGCUCUUAUAGCUCCCAAAUGGUGCAAGAAAACAUUGAUGAUAUCGAGGAAACCGAAUCCGUAGAGUAUUCCCAAAGAUGGAAUUGCAGCUCCCCUGCAACGCCGAUGGGCAAAAGAUCAACUCGCGUUGAGGAUGAGCAGGUGGAAUUGUUUAGGUUACAGCAGCAAUAUUAUAAAGACCAAAAUGUAAGAGCCGCUGAGAAGCACAAAUAUGAAGUGGAGAGGGAACUAAUAGAACUACAAACGGCUCGAAUAAAAAACCAGUUAAUUGAAAUGGAAAUUGAAUUGAAGCGCGAAGAAUUGGCUAAAUUGAGGCAAAGGUCUGUAAUUUAUUAAUAA